UUGGAGCUUGCAACUCAGCACAAUAUUGAACAAUGUGCGUCUUUGUCCUCAAGUUGUCAGGAACAUUUCUGCUCCAAAGGCCAAGGAGCUUCAGAUGCCCUGCUGUGCUGCCCCCUCUCUGUGACCCCAGGAGCAGUGCUUUACCUCUGGAUUUCACACUGUCCUCUCCUGUCCCGGUCAAACUGUCCCAGCAUACGUCCUCUGUGCCGGGUUGUGCCAGUCCUCUUUCUCCCCUCCCCUGGUUGCAUCAGCACUCCCUGGACCCCCACUCAGCCUUCUGCCUCCAUGAGGGGCGGGGGCAGGUGGCGGGGGCCCUAUCUGUGGGCCCCCUGCCUCUUCUGCUCAAUGCAUCUGGAAACCUGCGGGACGUAGAGCCUCCUCUGUCUCAAGACGUGUCUACUCUCACAGAUCUGUGUUCAGACAUCCCAGAGUUAGAGAUAGUGAGUCUUCUGUCAGAAGGCCAGCCCAGCUACACUCUCCGAGCAGACAGUGUGUUUGGAUAUGACAAUGACGACUGGCUGCACACCCCUCUAGUGCCCCCAGAGGUCGUUCUGGGACUCACAUGUGAGCAGAUUGAAGAGACCUUCAAGUAUUUCUUGCUUUGCUCUGAACGAGUGGGCCAGGUCACCAAGACGUAUCACGACAUUAAGGCAGUCACACACUUGCUGGAGGAGAAAGAGCGGGACUUGGAGUUAGCUGCGAGAAUUGGUCAGUCCCUUCUAAAACAGAACCAAGAGCUAACAGCACGAAAUGAGAUGCUCGAUGAACAACUUGAAGCAGCAAAAGAGGAGAUCGCUCAACUCCGACAUGAACUUUCAAUGAGAGAUGACCUCUUGCAGUUUUAUGCCAGCACCGAGGAGCUGGAAAACUCCGAAGCACAUUCACCACUAAAAAGGAAUGAAUCAUGCAGUUCUCUGAGCAACUUCGUCCACUACGAUUUCCUUCAAAAGAAACUAAAGGGGCUAGAAGAGGAGAACCGCAAACUACGAUUAGAGGCCAGUGAACUCACAACUGAGACCAAUAAUUAUGAAGAGCAGGAACAGGAGCUGAUGAUGGUCUGUGUGGAAGAGCUGUCGUCUGUGAAUAAGCAGGUGGUGGACUUGUCAGAGGAGCUGGCUCGGAGAGUGGAGGAUUCGGUUCGGCAGCAGGAAGAGAUCAGCUCUCUGCUCGCUCAAAUAGUGGAUCUGCAGGCUCGCUGUAAAGGGCUUACCCGUGAGAAUGAAGAGCUAAACCAGCACCUGAAUGCCGCUCGGGAGUGCCAGCUUCAGCUCAAAUCGGAGCUUAAGGACCUGCAGGACAAGUACUCGGAAUGUGAGGACAUGCUUCAGGAAGCCAGAGAGGACAUUAAAAACCUCAGAAACAAAAGCCUGCCUAACAGCACAGUGCAGCGCUAUACGGCCCUGGCCUCUGUGCUCCCCAUGGACUCUUUGGCAGCAGAGAUAGAGGGCACAUUUAGGAAAGGCCUGGACACACCAGCGCCAUCAGAGUACAAGACCCAUCCUUGGCGUGUGUUUGAAACAGUGAAGGUGGUGAACAAAGCGGUGAAACUUCGUUCUCGCUGUCACUCGCCCGCUCUGCCCGGCUCCUCACCUGUCUCCGUCCGCUCAAGCUGCACCAGCACCCCGCGGACCAGCUACUACGGGUCUGACAACGCCAGCCUCACCCUUGAAGAGAAACCCAGCAAUAACCACUCUAAUAAUAAAGAAGACAGCAGUGUCAGUGGUCCCAAGCGUCUGGGUCAGCCGGGGACCCCUGGUGGUCAGGACCUGGAGUCCGCUCUUCAGUCCCUGUCAGCCCGACAGCAGAGCCACUCCUCAGAGAGGCCCUUCUUCGACGUGGAGCGAGAGCGUAAACUGCGUGCCCUGGCCCACAGUGAAGAGGUCGAGGGCUCCAGUGGGUUUCUGACACCGAAUGACAGCAUCACCUCAAGUCCCGCUGCCUCCACCAGCACCAACUACUCCAAUGGCAGCUCUCGCCACUCGUGCAGCUCCUCAGGGGGGUCCCGCUCCUACCUGCCUGACCGCCUGCAGAUUGUCAAGCCUUUGGAAGGUUCAGUGACUCUGCAUCAGUGGCAGCAACUGGCCAAACCAAACCUCGGGGGAAUCCUGCACCCUCGUCCAGGAGUUCUAACUAAAGACUUCAGAGAGCUGGAGGUCGACAUCCAACAUGUGUACAGCCUCAAUGACCUGGAGGAGGACGAGCCUGACCUGUCCUGUUUUACAACCGCGCAUGGACUGGUUCGGUCCCAGUCGUCGUCCGGUCCCAACCUCCCUCAGACCUCCCCCACUCAAACCAUCACCACCUGCCAAGCCCUGCACCCCUCCCUCUUCAUCCCAUCCUUCUCCACUAGCCUUCACACUUUCAGCCUGCCACCUCAUAGGAACUGUGAGCACAUGAGCACAUCUUCCUUAUCCCAGCAGCAGCACUUUGACCUGGGACACUGGACUACCCCAACCCACUUCACUACUCCCAGUGCCCCUGCAUCGCCAUCUAUAGGACUUGUUCAGCUACUACAAGAACGGGGCAUCUCGGCAUUGCCCCAAACAAAUCACCAAAACUACACAUGUGUAACUAAAGACUCCAAUAUAAGGCAGAGAUCUGUGGGGAGACCAGGAGGGACUUUCAGCUUGAAUUUGGUGGAAAAGCUACAGAGCCUUGGACUACACCGAGUGGCAGCUUUGGGGAUGAUGGACCCUAUACCUCCUCCUCACAUUUGACUUCUUUUAAUCAUAUUAUGUGAUUGAAUGUGUCUUGAAAACUGAAGCCACAUUGUGCUUGAGCCAUACGCUGUAGAUGUUUUCUUUUAUGGUGUGGCAUCCUCUUCUCAGGAUCUUAUUUUUGAUCACCUCAGUUAUAGCAUUUCAUCUUUUAUACACAAAAUAUGUAACAAAAACAUGUCUAUUUUGCGUUGUGUUUGUUAUUUUGUGUAUUUAAAUGUCUAUAAUGCCUUUCACUGGGAUACCAAUUUAAUUUUUAAGUGGAGAAUCACUAUGUUAGCUAAAAAUAAAUAUUGAUAAGUUAAGCAGCUAACAAAAGCAACGCUAACACUAAAAGGCACUAUUUCACAUUUUGGUCUUCCUGCUUUAGAGCUGCUAUAGGGAAAGUAUAAAGAGUUUUGUACUAAAGAAGCACUGUUAUUGUUAAUAAUGAAUGCUAAUAUUUGUAAGGUGACUAAUCUAUAGAGUUAUAUCUGUGUCUCACCAACUUCAUCCUCAUCAGGUGUAAAAAAAUGCAAAUUAUUCCACUGCUGUAUUUGAUUUCACGGGGAAUUCACAUAAUGCUGGACACAUGGAGAAAUCAUAUUAGGCAUUUAAUCUUACUGUUCAUUUUUGAAUAAGAACACACAGAUAAUAGACAAUAGGCUGUAAAUAUGUAAAAAAGCAUGUUUCUGUAGAUUUCUUUGGACAAUCAACUGUAGCAUCAAGGCAUAGGAUAGUGUUGUUGAAAAGGGAAAAAUACUCACAAACACAGCCCACUCUGCACUACGGAUCUGGGUCAGUGUCACAGCGGUUUUAUGUGUGUAAAACAUACAUCUGUGAAUAAAAUCUGUUUCCAUCUGUAGCUCAUGGAUGCAUACACAUAUUUGAAUAAUGGUUGGUUAAUAGUGAACUAUUCAUCCCUGUGUAAUCACCUGCAUUUGUAAUUUGCAUAAAAAUAAGUACA